AUGAGAACAGCUGUAGAACGUGUUUUAGCUCAUUUACUCCUCGUGUACUUUUCAACACACAAUGUAAAGUGCGAAAUAAGCAGAUAUGUGCCGAUCCACGAAAAUUAUGACGAUUACAAUUUAGAAAAUUUUAACUCCUACGAUUUUUUAAAUGAAGAAAAGUAUGCACUGAGGCGAAAUGGCCGAUAUGGUCAAAAUGUCGUAAAUCAGGAGCGAUCAACAAAAUCGCACGAAAAAAAUGAACCCGCGAAAUGCAGUGGAGACACGUGUUCCAGUUUUAUGCUUAUAAAAGCGCAUCGCGCAGCGGGACACGCCAUGAAAAAAAAUGAAAAAAAUUACAAAUUGUGUAACUUGCAAAGGGAUGGACGAAGCUGUAAAAAAAUUCCCAGUGGGAGAGAAAAAGUGGGGCAAGUUGCCAUCAUAAAUAAGCAUAAUUAUAACUCCAACCUGGUGGACCUCACGAGGAAACCUAAUAAGCAGAACCUGUCAUAUGGUCUAGCAGAAGGUUAUCCCAAAGAGGAAAAAAAAAAUGUUUACACGGAACAGAGUGAUCUUCAAAGCUUUAGCCAUUUUGAGACAGACACCGUUUCUCCCUCCAACUUGAAGAAAAAUCCAAAGCGGGAAGAAAAACAAAUCAAAAUACAUGGCAACUCCAAGCGAAAUGAACUACCCCCAAAUAAACAGCCUAAAAAUGGAGAAGAUAACAUGGUAAUGCUCCCUUCGUAUAACGAUAACAUUGGCUACUCUGGAGGAAACUACUUCGAAAAGGAAAAAUUCAUCCAGAUAAAAUUCCCAAUAAAGAUCGGCAGCGAAGUUGCCAAACAAAAUGGAGAGAUGAACAACGAGAGGGGGAUCAUGAAGAAUCUGGAAAGGCAGGAAUCGAUGCACAACAAUUCAGAUGAAAAUUUUGCAAAAUAUACGAUCAAGGAAGGAGAAAGAGACAAUGGUGAGAAAGGAAGUAACAAUUUUGUAAAUUCCAAACUGGGGGAAGAUAACCUAAUAGGCAUUUUCAAAAAUCCGUACAGCCUUGGAAGCGAUAAUUUUUUCAUCAAAAACGAAAUUGAAGAUUUGAAGCGGAUAAAUUCAGAGAGGAGGGAUGAACAACACAAAGAUUUCGACUUAAGAGACGCUCUAAUGGGUGAAACGGGAAACAUAACCAAUACGCAACCACAUGGUGGCGGCACACAAAUUAAAGAAAAUAGAAAUAAUGUGCCAACAAAUAAUCCUAAUGAUGGAGAGAACCACACGGCGUAUGAUAGGGGACACAACCCAGAUAUCGAUUUGUCGUUAAAGUACCUGGGGUUAGGUUACGACAUCAUUAUGGGGAACCCAGAAGGUGAUCCCACGAUAAACGUCGACCCGGGGUUCAGGGGACCCGUGCUUCAAAUAAAUAUAGAAGAUAUGCGCAUGAAUAAGGAUAGAAGUGGCGGCGCGAAUGGUACUACCUCUCCUUAUGGUAGCGGUAUCCGUGGAGGAGGCCCCCAAUACAGGGAGCCAACAUUCAUGGGGGACUACACCAUAGAGGAGCACAAGCCAAAACUGACCCCGUGGGUAAUCCCUGAGCACUCGUGUAGCCAAUCCAAAAAUGUAGAAGAAAUACAAAAUUUAGAGCAAUACAAAAUGGAAUUACUGUCCGAUGUUAAGGUCAGCACCCCAUCCAUUUUCCCAUACUCCUUUUCCGCAUCAGCAGAAUAUAAAAAUGCGGUAAAAAAAUUAAAGGUGCAAAAUAAUGUCAUAUUUAUGAUGAAAAUUUAUUGUCUACGUUAUUAUACUGGAAUACCAACUACGACGAGUUGGAGGUUCACAGACAAUUUUAAAAACGCCUUGAAGAAACUACCCCCAACAUUUGAUGGGCUGAAAGAAGAUAGUCAAUGUUCGUACGAGUAUUACAUCAACAAGAUACAUACUCCCCAAUGUGAAGAAAAUGUGAAUAAGUGGAUGAUUUUUUUCAAGCUUCAUGGUACGCAUGUAGCCCAUGAAAUAUAUUUGGGGGGAAAAAUAAUCAUAAAAAUGAAUAUGGAAAAGGAUGAAUACAAUAAAUUGAAAGAUAAUAAUAUAAGCAUAAAAACAUUUUUUAAUUUGUACUUUCACAAAAUGGGGUUAUCUGCAGCUUCGAGCAAGAAGAUACAAAAACUGGUGAGCAAAUUUAGAACCUCAAAGGAUGUAUCCAUUCUUGGAGGGAACCCAGGACUAAAUAUAGAAAAUUCAACCUUCUUUGAAAAAUGGGUUAAUUCUAUUAAAAAGAAUUCCAUGCCUAUAAGGACCAAGUUGUUACCCUUCAGUUUUUUCAUGGACGAUCCUAACAUGAUACAAGCGUAUAAAGACGCCUUAACUUUUUAUGGCCUCACUUAUGGGGUUCAAAUAUUUGACCAUGAAAAAUAUAGCCAUGUGGUAUUAUCCAUAGGUGAAUAUCUUGAAAAAUGCACCCAAAAAUUGUAUGCGGGUCCUCCUCCAGGAUUAUUAACAUGUCCAUUGGGAAGUAGCCUCCUCAUGGGCUUUUCCCUAAAUUUAAAUUUUUAUAAAAAUAAAGACCUAAGCAGCACUAACGGUAUGGCUAGCUGUGAACAGAUGAAAGAAUCCUGCAGUGGUAAUGGCUUUGGCAAAAAAUAUUCAGAUAUAAGAAUAUGGGGAUUAUGCUGUGAAAAACCAUUGGAUUUUAUAACACAAGUUGUCCAGCAAGGGGAAUCCCCCAAAAUAACUGCAUCGUGUCCUGGCAAUUUAGUUAUCCUCUUUGGGUUUGCUCUAAUGAAAGGCAAAGGUUCAUCCUCUGCGAACAAGGUGGAUAUAUAUCCAUGUCGAACCGGCCAAACGAGCUGCUCUGCGGUGUUACAAAACAGCAAAAUUAAACAAAGCAUGAUAUAUAUUGCUUGUGUGGAUAAAUCUACGAAUGGAUUAGAAAAUAUUCAAACGUUUAGUAAGGUAAAAAAUAUGGGUCAUGUAAAUUCAGAUCAGCAUGAAGAAAAUGAUACGUCGCUUAGUUUUGCUUGUCCAAAAAAUAACUCCUUGGUAUUUGGUUUUUCCCUCGAAUUUCACACGAACUUCUCAAAGACGAGGAAUAAUUUUACGGACUGUUCUAAAGCUUCUAACACCUGUCAGAUAAGGGGCACUCUGAUUAAUACGAAGCUUGCCUUUUUUAAGCCAGACAAGUACUCGCUAGCGAUAGUGGCAGGGUGUCGCGCCCGAAGCGAGUUGUCCCUACGCGGGUGA